AUGUCGCCUGUGGGCCGUGGUCAGGAAGAGCAUCUGGCACGAUUGUGGCUGGAGACAGAGCAGCAGGAAAGGGAGGAAGGGGCAGGCAGGGUGUUGCUCUGGAUUGGACCCAAGCCCCUUCUGAGGUGCCAAGGCACUUGGCUUAAUUGUUUUUCGGUGCUUGGUCUGGAUUCCCUUGCACUGGAGGAGCAAGCGGAUGGUGGGAGCAAACGGGACACACGGCGGCUCUGGCUGGGGCAGAAGCAGGACGGGCUGGAAACGCCGUCCGGGCUCCUGGGCUUGCAUAACGAGAAACUAAACUCUGCUCUGCAGAACGUGCGGGGACCUACAUGGGCUUUGCACAAGGACGAGUAUUCAUGCGGAGAAGCCACUUCCCAGGUGCCCGAGUCCCUGCCUGCAGCCUGCGACUUCAAGCGCGUUUCUGAAGCGCUGCGGCCGGGGGCAGCUCGGAGCGGCAGCGCCCUCAGCCCUCGCCUCCCGCCGCCGCAGAAGCCGCCCUACUCGUACUUGGCCCUCAUCGCCAUGGCCAUCCGCGAGAGCGCCGAGAAGCGGCUCACGCUCUCCGGGAUCUACCAGUACAUCAUCAGCAAGUUCCCCUUCUACGAGAAGAACAAGAAGGGCUGGCAGAACAGCAUCCGCCACAACCUCAGCCUCAACGAGUGCUUCAUCAAGGUGCCCCGCGAGGGCGGCGGCGAGCGCAAGGGCAACUACUGGACGCUGGACCCGGCGUGCGAGGACAUGUUCGAGAAGGUCAACUACCGGCGGCGACGGCGCAUGAAGCGGCCCUUCCGCCCGCCGCCCAGCCACUUCCAGCCCGGCAAGACCCUCUUCGGCCCCGACCGCUACGGCUACCCCAAGUACCUGCAGUCCACGUUCAUGAACAACUCGUGGCCGCUGGCGCAGCCGCCCGCGCCCAUGCCCUACGCCUCCUGCCAGAUGUCAGGCGGCAACGUGAGCCCCGUCAAUGUGAAAGGACUCUCGGGCCCGGCCUCGUACGGCCCCUACUCGCGCGUGCAGAGCAUGGCGCUGCCCGGCAUGGUGAACUCCUACAACGGCAUGGGGCACCACCACCACCACGGGCACCCCGCGCAGCAGCUGAAAAGCUGGUCUGUUGCUGUGCCAGAAAUGCCACGCUUGGCCAGCAAAAAUGACUUUGACAGGAUGGUCCGUGUGGCUUUGGGAAGCCGCCUCGGGGAAAGGGGAGCAGGAGACCAGGUGUCUGGCUCGGGAUAUUGCUGUGGGCCACGUUCCUCUGGGGAGCUGGGCAUCCCCGGGGCUGCUGCCAAACCUUCCUGCAUCUGCCCAUCCAUGGGCCUGGGCAGACUCCUCCAGAAACCCUUUGCUGGAUUUUCUUAG